AUGUGUUCAAAAUUCAUGUUUGUGGAGCCAGUGUUGUUCCUCUACAAUUUGUAUUUCUAUGGUAGCAUGCCUCUGGUGAGUCAGUUUGUCAGACAUUUGAUAAUGACAAAUAAAAAAGAAUACAGUUUCAAUCAGAUGGAGAAUAGCAAUGGAAACAACAACAGCGAAACCUGUCCUGCUACUGAUGCAACUAAUUCUGAUUCCACUGAUAAUCCUGCGGUAGAUGCAGAAGCUUCACAAAUUUUGCUCAUCAUGCACCUAGCUGCACUGAUGCCUGCAUUUCUUGUUGUUAUUUUCUUUGGUGGCUUCAGUGACAAGAAAGGGAGAAUACCAGUUUUAGUAAUGCCUAUGGUUGGAGCUACAUUCCGAAUGAUAUUUUUAAUUGCAUCUUGUCUCUAUGGCUUGAGCAUGACUCUAUUGGUGUUAUCCUCUCUACUGGAUGGUUUCUUUGGAAUGUCGUCAUUGCUGCUCAUGGGAUGUUUUGCUUACGUUUCUGAUGUGACAGAUGUGGCUCACAGAUCUUACAGGACUGUUCUACUUGAAGCUUCUGGCGGUCUUGGAGUUGUUCUAUCUCAUCUGGUAGGCGGUGUCCUGAAAGAUUACAUUGGCUAUCUGUGGACUUAUGUGAUAUUGCUUGGAUUAGUCACUAUUACAUUGAUUUAUAUUGUAUUCUUUUUGAAAGAGUCCGUUAAUAUAAUCGAUCAUGAAGCGUCACUGAGUCCAAUAACGUAUCUUAAAAAUGCCUUUCAAUUAUUCGCGGAGAAAAGUGAUGAUAGAAUUAAAAAGAUUUCAACUCUUUUGAUGAUGUUUCUCAUUUCCCUGGUUCAGCUGGGAAGUUUAGAUGUUCAAACAUUAUUUUUGCUCAAAUUUCCUCUCUGCCUCACCGCAUCUUGGGUUGGCUACUUCAACGCAGAGGAUUACGUAGUUAGCAACCUGGCAAACUGGAUGUUCACAAAACUCCUCGGCAAUUUGUUUGGAGAUCUGGGGCUGGUGAACUUGGGCUGCGUGUUCUCAGUGGCCUACUUCUUGUUUUUCGCCUUCUCCUACAAUUUGCUGAUGCUCUUUCUAGUGCCGGUUGCAGGUUGUGCACACAUGCUGCCGAUCCCAAUAUUGAGAGCUUAUGCAUCAAAGAUAGUGCCGGCAGAAAAAUUAGGAUUGAUGUUUGCCAGCUUAGCAUGGAUGCAGAUGAUAGGGAUUGUCAUUGGUCUAGUCAUUCAGAAUGAGAUCUAUGCCGCAACGGUCUCUCAACAGCCUCAAGUUGUUUUCAUAUUCAACAGCUCUUUAUACGUCUGCAUCAUACUCAUCUUAUGCGUCUAUUGGGGCACUGAUAAAGCUUUCAAACGUCGAGCCGGUUACGAAAAUAUUCCCUCAGAAGACUAA